GAUUGUUUGACAACACGAACAAAAACAAAAACAAUAAAUACACUUUUUACACAUCCCUUCUCCAUAUCAACCACAUUACUAUACAAAUUACAAAAUUUAUCUCCCCGUUGAUUCCGGUGGUUUCUGUUAGUGUGCCAUGCACGCUCCACGCAACGCAGCCAACCCCAUUAGACCCUUCCUUAUCGUCAUUCCAUCCUCCGUAAUUGCCGCUUCAUAAACACUCACUCCUCUCACACUAAACUCAACAUUCCUUUCUAUUCUUUAGCGGCUUCUUCUUCUUCUUUUUCUUUUUCCUUUUUUAUAUUUAUAUGUAUAUAUAUAUAAAUUAAAACCCUUCAUUCCCAUUAACGAUUCUCUCUAUUUUUAGCCUCCUUUUCUUUACAACUACUCUCCACCUUUUAAGCUGCUUCUUCAAACUCCCACUUUCGUUUUGACCCGGAUUCUUAACCCGGCCGGAUCUUUAUUCUUUUUUCCGGCCGAGUGAACCGCCGGAAUCGGAUGGUUCGGUGAUUUUGGUUUUUUUUCGAUGGGUUGCGUGAGCUCGAAGCAGGCGGUGUCGGUGACGCCGGCGCUAGACCUGUCGGGCGGGUUACGAGGGGACGGGUGCGGGGAUAAUUCGGGUCGGAUCCGGGUGGGCAGUGGUAGGAGCGUUAGGGGUAGUGGUAAUAGUAUCAGAAAGAGCAAGGGGGAGUUUGGUGGUGGUGGAGGGGUAGUGAGUUGUGGAGGGAGCGAGUUGGGUGAGUCGGGUCGGGCGAGUUCGAACAGCGAGUCACUGAGUUUUAGGCUUGGGAAUUUGCACAAGUAUAUCGAAGGUGAACAGGUGGCGGCUGGCUGGCCGGCUUGGCUCAGCGCCGUAGCCGGCGAAGCCAUCCAGGGUUGGGUCCCACUUCGGGCGGACGCCUUCGAGAAAUUAGAAAAGAUUGGACAAGGUACAUAUAGUAGUGUGUUCCGAGCACGAGACCUUGAAACUGGGAAGAUUGUUGCCUUGAAGAAGGUGAGGUUUGACAAUUUUGAGCCUGAGAGUGUUCGCUUUAUGGCAAGAGAGAUAAUGAUCCUACGCCGACUUGACCAUCCAAACAUUAUUAAGUUGGAAGGAUUAAUCACUUCCCGAUUAUCGUGUAGUAUAUACCUUGUAUUCGAAUACAUGGAACAUGAUAUUACUGGGCUUUUAUCCUGCCCUGACAUCAAGUUCAGUGAGUCACAGAUCAAAUGCUACAUGAAGCAGUUAUUAUCUGGACUCGAGCAUUGUCACUCACGGGGUGUUAUGCAUCGUGACAUUAAAGGAUCAAAUCUCCUGGUAAAUAAUGAAGGAAUCUUGAAGGUGGCUGAUUUUGGAUUGGCAAACUUCUGUACCUCCAAUCACAGGCAACCCUUAACCAGUCGUGUUGUGACUUUAUGGUACCGUCCUCCCGAACUUUUGCUGGGAUCCAAUGAUUAUGGAGCAUCUGUGGAUCUUUGGAGUGUUGGAUGUGUAUUUGCUGAACUUCUGUCCGGGAAACCUAUCCUUCAAGGGAGGACGGAGGUCGAACAACUACAUAAAAUUUUCAAGCUUUGUGGGUCUCCACCAGAUGAUUACUGGAAAAAAUCUAGACUUCCUCAUGCAACUCUAUUCAAACCGCAACAACCUUAUGAAAGUUGUCUUCGGGAGACCUUUAAAGAUUUGCCAACGACCUCCGUGAACCUGAUUGAAACCUUACUUUCUGUGGAGCCAUACAAGCGUGCAACUGCCUCUGCUGCUCUUACAUCUGAGUAUUUCACUACAAAGCCUUAUGCAUGUGAUCCGUCGAGUUUGCCUAUAUAUCCACCUAACAAAGAGAUUGAUGCAAAAAAUCGUGAGGAGGCACGGAGGAAAAAGAACAGUGGGAGAGUUCGUGGAACUGAAACAAGAAAACCAACACGAAAAUCCCAUGGAAUAAGUAAAUUGGCACCAGUGGAGGUCUGUGAUGUGGCAGCCCAAACUCAUUCUGCUCAAAAAACUAAUGUCAAUAAUGUGCAUAUUCUGAAAGAUGUGAUGUUAGGUGGGGAAGUCCGUAACCGUAAGCCAUCGGUUGAUGAGCGGGAAGAGGCUUCCCAUGUAAAGAAUGCAUCUCAUGGAGACAUUCCCUACUCUGGUCCCUUACAAGUUUCUACAUCUAGUGGGUUUGCCUGGGCAAAAAGACGAAAAGAUGAUGCAUCCAUAAGAUCUCACUGUAGAUCUAUCUCAAGAACUCAUAUUAUGAAUGCAUUGGAGCCUUCUGCUGCAUUGCAUGCAAGAAAUAAUUGUGAUUCAAAAAAGCACGAUAAUGGAGAUAUUUUAUAUGGUGGUCGUAAUGAUACUAGAGGCCAUGAAUAUGAGAUUUCCAAGCUUUCUAUGCUUAAACAAUGGAGCCAGUUUGAGCGUCCAGAUUCUUUUGAUGCUUCUGAUGGAUACCAUUCACAGGAACUAUCGUUGGCACUUUACCAAAGAGAGGAAAUGGCAUCCAAGAGAAAUAAUUUGGGUUAUCAAGAUCAAGGGGACAAGGUUGAAUUUUCUGGACCCUUGCUAUCUCAGUCAAACAGAAUUGAUGAACUCUUAGAAAGACACGAGCGCCACAUCCGUCAGGCAGUUCGAAAGUCUUGGUUCCAAAGAGGUAAAAAAGGUGGAAAGUGAUUGGAGUAUGUACUCGGCUUUAGGUAUAUCGAGAAUAGAAGAGACCUGAGACGGGAAACCAGAUGCGAAGAAUCUUAAACUGUUAAAGAGGACCAAGUUUAUUAUGCUGCCAGACCCUGCAAUCGCACAAAUGAAAUAUCAGAGAAAAUGCUCAUCAAUUUUGUAGAUGCACAAACACCAGACUGGGAAGGGAGAAUCUAUGAUUACUUGAGGCAUAGAGAAAAGGAAAGAUAGAAGGAUUGGUCAGCGACAUGAAUAUGUAGUUCAAUUUUGGUUGAUUGUUUUUUCCUCUGAUUAGUAUCUUCUUCCCUAUUCUUUUUCCGACUUAGAUCGGUGUUGUAUCCCUCCCUGCAUUGUAUAGAUCAGAGGCAAUUGAUCCCGAGAGUGAUCAUGUAUAUAUAUGCUUGUGUUUUAUAAGACAUCUUGUAUCGGCUUUCGUUCGCCUCCUACCCUUAGCAAUGCUUCAUCAGACAAGUU